AUGAUUCUCCCCAGGGGGCAGCAGGUGGGUGUUAAGUGGGGCACUAACCCAGAAGUUGUUUGUGAAAGAACAGCAGGAAAGAAGCACAAAGAGAGUUCGCUCAGUGUGGGCCUCAGAAACAUCUGGAAAAGACCUACAGGUUGCCACCGCAACUGCACGCAGAGGGAAGACUUUGAAGGGGUGGAGAUCCCGUUCUCGCUGGUGCAGUUUCCUCUCUGGGAGUACCUGAAGGCCGUGUGGUGGAGGAAGCAGGGGGGACAGCUGGACUCUUGGCAGGCUGCAGUGUGUGGAGCUGUUGCAGGUGGAAUAGCAGCGUUCGUCACGACUCCACUGGAUGUGGCGAAGACUUGGAUUAUUUUGGCUAAGGCCGGGACGAGCACAGCCAAUGGAAAUAUCUCUCUGGUUUUGUAUGAGGUGUGGAAGAGUCGAGGAAUACAUGGACUGUUCGCUGGCAGCAUUCCUCGAGUGACAUUCAUCAGCAUGGGAGGCUUCAUUUUCCUCGGAGCCUAUGAGAAAGUGCGUCGUACACUUUUAUAAACUCCAUCUCCAUGGAACAGGUCUAUUUGUGCUGUAAGCUUUUCUCAACCCAAGCCAUGAGAACCUGCAGCAAACCAGAUGGGAAGGAGGCUGGUCAAGCCUGCCUGAGAAAAGCACCCUCUGUCCCAGAUUGAACCGGUGGUCUUGAGGGCUACAACUAGGACACCUGGUGCCUGAAUAAAAUGUUUGCAUCCUUGGUCAUCAGUGCUCAACAUAUAGAGUUGAACUGCUUGAAUUGCAAUUCCUUUGCACAACAGAUCAUGUUAAAACUCUAAUGUAAUUUUUGCAAUGAAUGUAUGGAAGUAUAAAAACAUUACAAUUCAAAUAAUACACCAGUUAUAACAGAGUUAAUGUAUGUGCUUUAAUAAAAUAUAUUUCUGCCUUUAAACCC